AGUAUUCUUUAGCAGAUGUUCGUGUGUGACCUUAGUGUGUCCUAUCCUCAGACGGUGCAUUUUCACGUUGUCCUCUCUCGAAGCAUCUUGUAGCGUGUAUAGUGUCGUUGGAAUAGGUUUUAUCUGCGACAGGUGCCUUCUGAUGUCACUUGCCACCAUGAAAUUUACAUCUGUCUGCUGGUUCGAUAUCGCUCUACGAGCGGCCUGGUCUGCUUGUUCGUUGCCAAAGAUACCAACGUGGCUAGGGACCCAAAUAAAUUCGAGUGAUUUACCUUGCUCCGAAAUACGAUGUAUAGCAGACUGUAGCAUGAUGUUCAUCGGAUCUGUGUUGUAGAUUUUCUUUAGCCCAUUUAGGAUAUUCAUACAGUCCGUAACAACUAAAAAUCGGUUGUUUUCCAUCAUUGAACAGUAUAGCACAGCCUGCCAUAGGGCAUACUGCUCUGCAAAGAUGGGCGAAGAGUUUGUAUUCAAGCUCCACUCGUAUGCUACGCCCUCGGUGACUAUAGCACUUCCCACCCCAUACGCGUUCUUGGACCCAUCCGUGUACACAGGUUGGUAUGAGGGAUAUUCGUUAAGGAGGUUCUCGUAUGCCUGCAGGUACCUUCCACGGGACAGUGUCCAGCAUCAUUUCAUGGAGCGGCGCUGGAGGGACUAUUCGGCGUUGCUCGAGAUGUUCCUGGAAUCUGAUACAGGCAGGGCGGGUAAUGUGUCCAAGGCCGGUACUCCCGACUCACAAUAUAAGCUGUUCGUCGGACUGGUUGCAAGUGUCGAUUUACGCGCGGACGAAUACAUUAUGCAGCCGUAG